UCCAGUUCCAACAGCUGCCACAUCUGGAGCUGCCCAUCGUCCCUGCGCUCUCUGCAGGCCCAUUCCUUCCUUGUCUGCCUAGUCAAGCGUUCUUCUUUCUCUGGUUCCCUCUAUAGUACCUUUAAUACGUUAUUCUUUCUCUUGCAAGAUGCUCGCGCGAGCAGCCCGGCGGAAGCUGCGAAGGGACGCCUUCCGGUCGCCCACGCAGCUGGCCGAGCAGUUGACGCUCCCCUGGCUCUGUCCGGCGCAGAUGCGAUGGGCUGCCAGCGUAGGCCCUGCGACAACGACGACGCACGACGCACGACGACCACGACACGGCGCGCUGUCGCCACGGCACGAGACGCGCUCCCUUGCUACGCAGGCCGAUGUCCAGCACGCACACACGCCGACCAUAGCCUUCGAUGGCCUAAUACAGCCCUGGAGCUCGCGCAGUAUCCAUUCGCCACGCAUGGCACGGCUGGAGCCCUGGGAUCCCGCAACGCCGCUCGUUCUGCGAGAAUCUAGGGACCCUCCCACCACGCCCUCCAAGUUCGGCAUUGGCGGUGACCCCAUCGAACUGUACCAGAACCUACAUGCUUGCCUGCGCGUCGGCCGCAUGGACCGCGCCACGGCCAUCAUCCAACGGCUGACAACCAUGUACAGCCCGACGGCGAGCGAGGUUGUCGAGGCGCACAACGCCUAUCUGCAGGCGCUGUUCGAGCUGGCCCAGCAGGACCCAGAGGCUUACUCCAUGGCCACCAUCGAGGAGUGGUACGACUCACACAUGGUGCGCAAGGCCAUCGAGCCCAAUGCCGGCACCUUCGUCGUCCUCCUACGGGCCUCCAUGUCGCUUCUCGAGGGGAACACGAGGCACCGCUCGCUGCACAAGUACCUGGCCAUGGCCGAAGCCAGGUGCGGCUCUGAUGUCAUGGACGCUAUCAACUACUCCGAAGACUUCGACGACCACGAAUGGGACGCCCUUAUCCGUGCCCAGCCGGACCGCUUCCAGGAACCGCCUGUGAUGGAGCAGCCCACCAAUAAGGCCUACCCCAUCGAGAUGAGCACGCCACUUGGAACCCAGGCGCUCAUCGAUGCUAACAUCCUCCCGAACCCUGCACACAGUGUAAAGGAAGUUCCACAGAAGGGCGAAGGUCUCAUCGCACUCAAGAACGCGCUUGCUGUAUUCGACCAAACCAGUCGGGUUCCUUUUCCUCACGAGAUGGAUGGCUCGCAGGAUGAAAAAGAACGUGCUUUUGCGUACAUGCGCCAGCUGCAACUCGAGCAGGAUGCGACCGAGGCUGCGACCAAUCGGUGGAAAAUCGAAGACGAGAAACUUCAAGAACUUGGUAUCCACGGCGUGCUCAAGACCAAACCAAUACAAGCUUUGAUGUGGCAAUGGUAUUCGGCGCUUCUGCCCCGCCUCCAGAAAGAGUACGCACGUGUCCAACAAGUGCUUUCUGCGCCUACUCCGCAGAACCAAAGUGACGAGAGGCACAUCUACGGGCCGUAUCUCGAGAUGUGCAAACCUGAGAAGAUGGCAGCUAUCACCGUGUCGCGCAUGAUUCAGGGCGUUGCCAUUGGUCGAAAGGAACAUUCGAGCGACCUGAAGAUCUCCCAGCUCUCUUCCCAACUUGCAGAAGACAUUCGGAACCAGUCCAUAUCGGAUGCGAAAGAGAAGUUGCUCUCAGCACGGAAGAAACAGCGCAAGCAAGCUCGUCGUGCAAUGCUCGAUUCUCUGUCAUUGCAACCGCAAGGCACCAAACCAGAAGAGAAACCCACGACGAGAAUUGCCGAACUUCCCACGGAUUCCUUUUUGAAAGCCGAGGUGCCUAAUGCAGUCAAGACUAGGAUCGGUGCUAUGCUGAUCGAGCAUUUCCUACAAGCAGCGAUGAUCACCGUGACAGUCGAAGAUCCUAAGUCGGGCAAAACUUUGACCAACACACAAGCUGCCUUCCAUCAUCACGUUGGUUUUGCUAAUGGCAAGAGAACAGGAUGGAUUGUUCCCCACCAGGAGAUUCUCAACAAGCUAAUGAGAGAGCCUACGCAUUCUGUUCAAAGUGUCCAGCUCCCCAUGGUCUUCGAACCCAAGCCUUGGACUGCUUUUGACGAAGGUGGCUACUACACGACCUCACAGGCUGUGGUUCGUCUGAAGAACCAUGAUCAAGCGCAACGUGCAUACGCUCAAUCAGCCAUAGAAAACGGCGACAUGGAAAAGAUGUUUACAGGGCUUGACGUUCUUUCGAAGGUCCCGUGGCAGAUCAACAAGGAUGUGUUCGAAGUCAUGGUCCAAGCGUGGAAUAUGGGAGAAGGUAUUGGCGCUAUGGUUGGGGAGAAAACCGGUCCUACGCUCCCCGAGGAACCCCCACAGGACGCAUCCGCGGCCACAAAGACGGCAUGGAGGAGAGCAAUCGUCGCGUACGAAAAUGAACGAGGAGGGUUGCAUUCCCAACGCUGUUAUCAAAACUUCCAACUGGAGACCGCACGUGCCUUUGCUAAGGAAAAGAAGCUAUACUUUCCGCACAGCGUGGAUUUUCGCGGCAGAGCUUAUCCUAUUCCCCCAGUGUUAAACCACAUGGGAUCCGAUUUCUCGAGAUGUCUCCUGAGAUUUGCAAACGGAAAGGAGUUGGGCACUGUGGGUCUGCAAUGGCUCAAGGUCCAUUUAGCAAACCUUUACGGGUUUGACAAAGCUAGCUUACACGAGCGGGAGCAGUUUGCUAUGAACAAUCUUCACGAAAUAUACGACUCUGCGGCGAAUCCUCUUACUGGAAGGAGAUGGUGGACGAAAGCAGAGGAUCCCUGGCAAUGCCUUGCGUGUUGCAUGGAGCUGAAGAACGCACUAGAAUCCCCGGACCCAACUCGUUUUGUCUCGCGCCUUCCCGUUCACCAGGAUGGGACUUGCAACGGGCUUCAGCAUUAUGCGGCGCUGGGAGGGGAUACUGCCGGCGCUAGCCAAGUCAAUCUCGAACCAUCCGACCGACCGCAAGAUAUCUACACUGGUGUUGCCGACCUCGUCAGGAGCAUGAUUGCUGAUGACGCUGCACAAGGCCAUAGAUUGGCAACAAUGCUUAAGGAUAAGAUCUCCCGGAAGGUUGUCAAGCGAACUGUCAUGACCAAUGUUUACGGUGUUACGUUUAUCGGCGCUAAAAAUCAAGUUGAAGAUGAGCUUCGAGGUUUCUUCGAACGGGAAGACGAGACGACUGAGAUCUGGCAAGCGGCAUCCUAUGUCGCCAGCAAGAUUUUCUUAGCCCUGGGCAAGAUUUUCAAUGGGGCUCAGGAAAUCCAAUACUGGCUUGGCGAAUGCGGCGAACGCAUAUCAACAUCAGUGUCCGCGGAGCAGAUCAGGAGGCUUCGUGACCACCUGGAUGGAAAGAAGAAACCAUAUGACAGCAAGUACAAGAAUCCCAAGUCUGUGAGCAAGAGCCUGGAGAAGAAGAUUGUCAAAGACAUUGAAGCAUUCAAGACACCGAUCAUUUGGACAACGCCCUUGAAGAUGCCAGUUGUGCAACCGUAUCGUAAGCCAGGAACUCAUGUGGUCAAAACGAAACUACAGGAAAUUGUCGUUUCGCGCAACCUGGGCAACGCGGCCAUUGACAAACGCAAACAACUUCAAGCGUUUCCGCCCAAUUUCAUUCAUUCGCUCGAUGCUACUCACAUGAUUCUGUCGGCACUCAAAUGCAAUGAGAUGGGUAUUGAUUUUGCCGCCGUCCACGACAGUUUUUGGACGCAUGCGGCUGACGUUCCCAAUUUAAAUAUCAUCUUGCGCGACGCUUUUGUACGCAUGCACUCCGAAGACAUUAUGGGUCGGCUUGCCGCCGAAUUCAAGGCUCGCUAUUCUGGGUCAAUGCACAAGGCGCUUCUCGUGCAAUCCUCGGAUGCUGCGAAGAAAAUUCUGGCAUGGAGAAGGGCACAGCAUGAGGGCGAGGCAAGUGCUCGUGGAGCCCGCAAGGCACACAAAGACGCUCCCUUCGAUGAACUCGCCCUCGAGGCUCAGCGGCAGGACCUGCUGAACAGCGAGGACCUAGAGAUGAGGGAGCAGGGUCUGAAGAUGGUCACACCGACAAGUAUAUGGCUAGCGAACCAGGACCCCAGCUCCAUUGCAUCGUAUCGCCUUGCUCGCAUGGGUGAAAGCAAGAACACCGCCGGUCCUAAACUUGACGAAGUCAAAGAGAAGCUGAUCACAGCUGAAGCUGAACAUGUCACUGGGGAACUGGAAGCUUCUGGUACCUUGGCCAAUGAUAUUUCCGAUGCUGAUCUUCUCGCCGCAGAAGAAGAAAUGGAAGAAGAGCUUGAAGACGAAAGCCCAAUGAAGACAGGAGAGAAGAAGAAGGCGAGGUCCCGUCUGACUAGCACGACCGUCGCUGUGUGGCUUCCAUUGACAUUCCCACCGGUGCCAAAGAAGGGAGACUGGGAUGUCUCCAGGCUACGUGAGUCGAAGUACUUCUUCUCUUGAGGCGAGCACUUUUUGCCUUUGUAUUCUCUUGUGGAUCAUUACGCGUGGAAACGGGCAUCAUUCAUUCGGCGCGGCGUUUUAUGACAUUGGGCAGCAUUUCUGUGGCGUUUUCCCUCUGGAACGACUUCUCUGCGUUCAGUGCGUGUGUACUAUAUUGUACAGCAGGAUUGCGAUAUAUCCACUCCAUUUGCAACGGAUGGCGGUUGUAAGAUGGUCAAUUGUAUAGGAAAAAAUGAACUGAAAUGAAAUGUGUAC